AUGUCUGCUCCGUCAGCUCCGGUGAUACCGCCUCGUCCGGCCAGAUCUCCACGCACUCUCGGCGCCGAUAUUCCCUCAAUACCUCCUCGUCCUGCUAAUCGUCGCCUGGAUCGCUCUGUAUCUCCAGCCAGAGACAGCUAUGCCCCAUCACCCUUGAACGAGCCUCCACAGAGCGCUGGGCUCGCGCGUACGACUUCACACGACGUUCCCACCCGCCCUCCAAGCGUGACUAUUCCGUCCCUCGGCGAGGAAGGCAUCGAAUACGAUGAACUUAGCUCGCAGCAACCCGAACCUGCCGAGACCAGAAACGUAGGCAGCGAUUUGAAGCUCCAUGCCCCCAAGCCCUCGCUGCCCACUUCCAGCGCAAAGGCUAGAGUACAAACUGUUACUCGUACUGACUCAGAUCAAGCUGCUGCAGCUGGCUUUGGCAAGUCGUCUUCACCGGCAUUGGAGGAUUCCGAUCAGCGCAGCCGUUCCAUAUACUCCAAACCCAGCGGUUCUCGUGCCGAGUCCACGGCAUCUAGCACUCGUCGCCAGUCCAUGCAGUUUGAAGAAGAGCAUGGAAUUCCCGAAAUUGGCCAACGUGUGCCUAUGCUUGCCAAUGCCGGUGACGUGCAGGCUCCUUCUCCCGCACCUCCCCGAAGCGGGUCUGCUUCUGGUCAACGGGCUAGUCGCCAUCAUCACCGCACCCGUAGCGGCCGCGAUGUCUUUCUUCCACCUGGUAGCUAUGGCCUUCACGGUCAUGGUGUACAUGCCACCGACAAAUUCGAGAAGGCUUGGUACGACAAGCACCCAGACGAGCUUGCCCGUGAAGAGCAGGGUCAGUAUGGCCCGGCCAUCGCCGAACGAUCCACUUGGGCGCUCAGCAGCGACGACCUCAACCGCCUUGUUCACAGUUCUGAUAAUAUUGAUACUAGUGUUGGAACAUCGCCGGCUUUUAUCGGAACCCCUGCUGAAGAAGUGGGAUAUAUUGCAACCGAUGAGCUCACUCGUCAAGAUACUCAACCGGCCGUGGAAUCUCCUUUACGCCAUUCUAGUUUCGCCGCCUCCGAAUUAACGCGUACUCGUAGCGCAAUGUCAACUGCAAGCAGCGAUGCUGGCAGCCGAAUCAUUCAUGUAGACGAGCCGUAUCAUUCUAUACAUCAUCCGGAUGGCUUGGCUUUUACACCAGACCCAACAUCGACACAUGAUUAUGACGACGCCAUUGAGGACGACGAACCCAUCCUUGCACCUGACGAAUCUCGCCCAGGCUCAGCUUUCCUCCAUCCUGCUAUUUCUCCCAGACGAGCAAGCACAGAUUUUCAUGAUAUCGAACGUGUUCGAAGCCGUACACCUAGUGCGCCCAACAGCCGUCCAACCAGCUUGCACGGCGCACCCGCAGGUCUUACCCGCUGGAGCUCUCGAGGUGAAGAACACGAUGAUGUGCACACACCUUUGGAGGAUGUUGAGGAGUACGAACCACUUUUCCCGGAUGACGAUAAAUCGAGCAAACCUUUGUCAGCUGCAGAACGAUUCCAGAAGCGUACCGAACUCUUGAAACACCGCUUCCCUAGUCAGGAUAUCUGGGAGGAUACCCCGGACAGUCUUCAAUUACACGCCAGCGUGUCCACCCCUGAGUUGCCGGAAGAACAACCAAAACCUAAGUUUGAAACACCAGAGGCAGAAGAGCAACGCAAACGCCAAGCAGAACAGAUUGACUCACAUAAAGUCGCCUCUCAUAUAUUACAAGGACAGCCAGGCGCUCAACGCCAAACGAGACCUGAUCUCGUCAAGCAUCGGUUCCCUAGUCGAGAUAUUUGGGAAGAUGCACCAGAAAGUCAGCAACUCGUGACAACGAUCGAGCCCUCAGAAUCUGAAACGACAAGUCCCGAUACAGCCAAACCCCCAGCUAUUCCAUCCCGACCCAGCAUUCCUCCUCGUCCUGCAAAGGUUUCAAGACCAGCUGAUGGAGCGGCGGAUGAGAAGAAAGCACCUUCUAUUCCAGAUCGUCCCAAACCUCAAAUUCCCACUCGUCCUUCUAAGCCUGCUUCUGCUGAGAGCGCAGCUGCACCUCCAGUCAACAGAAACAAGCCCGUCGUGCCCGCACGACCUGUCGGUGGCAAGAUCGCUGGUGUCAAAGCUAACUUUUUGUCAGAUUUGAAUUCCCGACUCCAACUAGGCCCUCAAGCACCUAAGCCUGCUGCGGAGAAGAAGGAGGAAGAAACUCCAGAAGAGAAAGCACCCCUUGCUGAUGCUCGCAAAGGUCGUGCCCGUGGUCCAGCCAGGAGAAAGCCUGCCGCCAGUUCAGCGUCGGAGAAAAGACUGCCAUCAAUUCCAGAAAUUCGUAUUAUGGAUCCCUGGAAUGUUUGGGAACUUGGUGUUGAUGGUAAUUUGACAGUCGGAUUACCAGAGAAGCAGCCAGUCGUUGAAGUCAAACCUUAUGCUCCAGAUGUCGAUCUAAAAGCCGAGGAGAAGGCCAUGGCGCCGCCUAUUGCGAAGAACAUGGCUGGUGAAUUUGCAGAUCCGGUUGUAGCCUCGUCAGAAAAUGACACUGAACCGCAAGCCGAAGCCAACAACGGAGCUCAUGAACCACCAAAGCCUACCACUUUGGCGCACCAUGAGGAUUCCCGGACGAGCGAGCACGUGUCGCCAAAGCAGUCCGUUGAUCAACCAUCAGAAACAGAAAGCACACAAGUCAAGGCAUUAGAACCAGAGUCCACGACGACUGGAGAUAAUGUCUCUGACCAGGUUAGCGAGCAGUUGGCUGCGACGGCCGACGGCAAGAAGCGAUCUGAUGGAUCAAUCGACAACGAAGGAGCCACUGCUUAGGUUGUUUUUUUUUUUCCCUACAUGCUCUGUAUGUAUUGGCCGGAGUUGUUUGCAAAUAAGGAAAUUCUACAAAAACAGGCUUGGAGAGAGAAACAAAGUGUGAUGUCUAUUCGUGUUGCGGUCGGUGUUUAUCUUCGUGAUUAUGUUUAAUAUAGCCAUUGUAUCAAUUCCAGAACUUUUGAGAAAGCUCAUUGUGUUGUGUCGGUAUUGGUAGCUACUAGUGUAGUGUUAGUUGGUUUUAGAUUAUUCAAGAUGCAAAUAAUAAUAAUAAGCAUUUUGUUCCUAGUUC